GACCCGUCGCGCAGCCGAGCCGGGGUUAGUCCGAGCAUCGCGUCGCGGCGGCAGCGGGAGACAAAGCGCCGCCCGAGCAAUGAAUGGGACGGGCCGCUUGGAGCCCUCGCUGUAGCCGCGGACGGGGAGAGCGGGACGCUUCGGCGCCCAGAGAUCUGGAGAUUCUCCCAGAAAUGAAGCUAGGUAAAAGAUAGUGGGCCAAAUAUAGUAGGAUUUUAGACAAUGCUGGUGCUUUCAAAUCUAGUUUGUGAAAUUGCCACGAUUCUUUAUUUAUGUGGAGCUUCAUUGUAAGAUGAUGCCAAGAGAUACAAUACAGUUGAGAUGAGUAUAUGAUUUAUUUGGAAGAAACUCAACUUCUGUCCUCAGGCUUCUUCUCAGAAUAUGAAUCGUUUAAUACCAACAACUGUUAGAAAUAAUAGAUGAUCUGAAUACUUCAAAAUCCUGGGAAGAGAUGGAAUUAUUAAACAAAAUGCUUUUUCAUAAGUUUGUAUAAAAUACAUUUCCAUCAAACUAGAAUACAAACUCAUGUUCCACACUUAUAUUCUCCUGCGUGAUAGAAGAAAACAAAUUUAAGUAAUUUCUAAGUAUUUCCUCAAUUAUGAAGGCGCAGCAGAAUUAAUUCAUCAAUCAUGGAUACAAAUAAGGCAGAUUCUCUACAAAUUGGUGACACUUUUAUGAUGGAUAAGAUCAACAGUUUAAAAGUAGAACUCGAAGAUGAUAGCAAUUGUGCUCUGGAAGCAAUGGAUAUAAAAACUGAGCCAGAAGACUUAAGACAGACAGACAGUAGUGAUGAACAGGAUGAGCGAGAAAGGAAUUUCAUUCAUAGCAAUUCAAGCAAAUACAUCUCUGCAGAAAAUGAAGAUGAUUACGGAUCUCUGUUUUCUCAGUACAGCAGUACUCUUUAUGAUGUAGCAAUGGAAGCUGUAACACAGAGCCUUCUUUCAAGCAGAAAUAUAAGCUCCCGUAAAAAGUCACCUGCUUGGAACCAUUUCUUUAUAUCACCUAGAGACAGCACUAAAGCAAUAUGUAUGUACUGUAUGAAAGAGUUUAGCAGGGGUAAAAAUGAAAAAGAUCUAAGUACAAGUUGUCUAAUGAGGCAUGUGAGGCGAGCUCAUCCCACUGUGCUCAUUCAAGAAAAUGGAAGUAUACCAACAAUAUCUUCUUUUUCUUCACCUCCAUUAUUAAUAUCACCCCAGCCUGUAGAUGUUGGAGAUUUAACCAAUGUGUUGGCCCCUAUAAAAUUGGUUAAGAAAGCAGUUUCUAAGAUUCCAUCCCCAGAUCGAAUAACUGAGGAAUCUGUUCCUGUAAUUUGUACUGAAGAAGAAAUGCCCUCAGAUCUGUCACAUACUGAAAAGAGCAAUAAAGAGGAAAGUGGUGUAGGUUUAUCACAACACUUUCCUAACAACCAGUGUGAAGAAAUUGUGGAAAAUAUAGUGGAGAAAACUAUUCAGGUACCUAAAGGUACAUCUGGCUCCAGAAGAAGAUCUGCUGUGUGGAAGCAUUUUUAUUUGUCUCCUCUGGAUAAUUCAAAAGCUGUUUGCAUCCACUGUAUGAAUGAAUUCAGCAGAGGAAAGAAUGGGAAAGAUCUUGGAACUAGUUGUCUAAUACGACACAUGUGGAGAGCCCAUCGUUCUAUUGUUCUGCAAGAGAAUGGAGGUGGCUCAAGCAUACCUCCUUUGUACUCUGCUCCUCCAACCUUACUGCCACCUUUAUUGCCUUCAGAUGGUGAUCCAACUUCUGUAUCAUCCCCUGGAAAAAUGGCUAAAGAACCAACUUCUAUAUGCUCCUCUCCAGACAGAAUGGCUGAAGAAAACAAUUCUAAUAUCCCUUUGGGUGAUACUCUCAUGGAAGACUCCCCAUUAUUAUUAUCAUCUUCUGAAGAUGUAGCUGAAGCUUCUUUAGUUUCCUCACCUGAAAAAAGCCCUUUGAUAUUUGAAAAUGGCUCUGUUUUUCAUCAGAAUAAACGGAUGAUGCGAAAACUCAAAUCAGAAGUAUGGCAUCAUUUUUCUUUGUCUCCAGGGGAUAGUCUAAAAGUUGUGUGUAGACAUUGCGGUUGUAUGAUCAAUCGUGGAAGGAAAGGUGAUUUAGGAACAAGCUGUUUGACAAGACACUUAUAUAGGCGUCACCCUGAGGUCAUUGGGAUCCAGAAGAGCUUUAUUGAUGUUAGUUUAGCAAAUUCUCCAUAUGCUACCUUGGCUUCUGCAGAAUGCUCAUCCUCAAAACUGACUGACUUGCCGAGAGUGGUUACUCGAGAUACUCAAGUUAUCUUUCCUAUCAGUAGCAAAAAGACCUCAAAACUGUGGAAUCAUUUUUCAAUUUGUUCUGCAGAUUCAACUAAAGUUAUAUGUAUGCACUGUGGACGUACAAUAAGUCGAGGGAAAAAGCCAACCAAUUUAGGAACCAGUUGCCUUCUAAGACAUUUACAACGGUUUCAUAGCAAUGUCCUGAAACCAGAUGCCUCAGAGCCAGUAUUGUCCUCAUCUACAAAUAAUCAUGUUCCACUCAACACUGAUCUCUUAGGAUCAUCAUCUUUUGAUGAAGCUAGUGACAAAUUUUCUGACAGUCACCCUGUUGCCAAAAAAAUCACAAGUCUCAUAGCUGAAAUGAUUGCACUUGACCUUCAGCCAUUUUCUUUUGUAGACAAUAUUGGCUUUAAUCGACUGCUUGAAUACUUGCAGCCUCAGUAUUCGUUGCCUUCACCAUCUUAUUUUUCUCGUACUGCAAUUCCCAAUAUGUAUGAUAAUGUCAAAGAGAUAAUUGUUUCACAUCUUAAAGAAGCUGAAAGUGGAGUAGUACAUUUUACAUCUGGAAUAUGGAUGAGCAAUCAAACCCGGGAAUAUUUGACUCUUACUGCUCACUGGGUGACAUUUGAGUCUAGGAUUCGACCACAGUGUGAAGAUUACCAUUGUUCAGCUCUCUUAAAUGUGUUGCAGAUUGAUUGUGACUACAGUGGUAUCAGCAUUCAAAAGCAACUAGAAUAUUGGUGGGAAGCUUGGAUUGCAUCUGUUGGGCUUCAAGUUGGGAUUACUGUUACAGAUAAUCAGACUAUAGAAAAAACUUUAAAUGAAGGGGAUCAUUCAAGUGUCCAGUGUUUCGGUCACACUGUUAACCUCAUAGUCAAUGAAGCUAUUAAAAGCCAGAGGAUGGUUCAAAACUUGCUUAGUAUUGCAAGAAAGAUAUGUGAACGUGUUCAUCGGUCAGCAAAAGCCAGAGAGAAACUGGCAGAACUGCAAAAAGAAUAUCACUUGCCACAGCAUCCGUUAAUUCAAGAUGUUCCAUCCAAGUGGGAUACAUCAUUCCAUAUGCUUGAACGCUUAAUUGAACAGAAAAGAGCUAUUGAUGAAAUGUCCAUAGAAUGCAGCUUCAGGGAGUUAAUAAGCUGUGAUCAGUGGGAAGUGAUGCAGUCUGUUUGUCAUGCGCUCAAGCCAUUUGAAGUUGCAAGCAGGGAGAUGAGUACACACAUGUCUACUUUAAGCCAAGUAAUUCCAAUGAUUCACAUCCUCAACCGGAAAAUUGAACUACUGUUUGAAGAAACAAUGGGCAUAGAUACUAUGCUGAAGUCCUUAAAGGAAGCAAUGGUGAGUAGGCUGUCAUCCACUCUUCACGAUCCAAGGUAUGUUUUUGCUACACUCUUGGAUCCUCGCUAUAAGGCCUCCUUAUUCACUGAAGAGGAGGCAGAACAAUAUAAACAGGACUUAAUCAGGGAGCUAGAAAUAUUAAAUGCUACCUCAGAUGAUGAUAAACCUGUUUCCAAUGGCUGUGGUAUAGGUUCACCAUCUAAAAACUCUUAUGGGGACAGUAAUCUUUGGUCACUUAUGGAAGAUAUGAAAAAAGCAAAACUUCCAAAAGAAAAGGCCAAGUUGCCAGAAGAAAUGGUGCUUACAUACUUGGAAGAAGAAGUGCUUGAGCAUAACUGUGAUCCCCUAACUUACUGGAACUUUAAAAAAUCAUCUUGGCCAGUACUGUCAAGGUUGGCAGUUCGAUUUCUGGGUUGUCCACCUAGUAUUGUUCCAUUAGAUAGAUUGUUCAGUACCUCUAAUGAGAACAUCGGCUUGGGUCAGUCAAGACUAGCAAUGGAACACUUUGAAAAACUUAUAUUUUUGAAAGUAAAUCUUCCGUUGAUAUACUUCCAGUAUUGAAACUAAUGAACAAGCUGCCAGUUUAAAAUUGUUUUUGUUCACUGGAUACCUACUGUAUAUACUCAUGUGUAAGUGGAUGUCAUGUAUAAGUCAAGGCAGGUUUGGGGGCCUAAAUUAUAGAUUUUAAUAUGACCUGUGGAUAAGUUGAGGGUAUUUCACAGAGAAGGAAAAACACAAGUGCUGCCUCAGGGUGCAAAUUAUCCCUAGCAGUCAUUCAAAAAGGCCUGAAGGGUCGAAGAGUCGAGGGAGUCAAUUGUUCUUUUAGGUUCUCUUGGAAAAGACUAAGUUCUUGCCUUUGCCACUCUAUUCAGAGGAGUAGUUCCUUUUUCUUUAAACAAGAGUUGGAUUUGAUUUACUAAAAUUUCUAGACUUAUACAUGAGUAUAUAGGGUAGUUGUAUUUACAACUUUCUAUUGUUAAAUUGCUCCAGUAGGGGCCAUGUAUGACAUCUAAUAAGUGACUGUAGUUCAAAAUUUAUUUUUCAGCUUUCUAUGUGUCUACAUGUGCCUUAUUAAUAGUCCUCCAGGCCAGAUAAUGUAUAUAUCUGUUUUUUAAAGUGAUUGUUAGCAUUAGAUUUGUGUUUGUUUGGAUUAUUAAAAAAUGUAGCUUUUCCUUGAGAAGUGUAAAUGAAGUUUUCAGACAAUUUGAAUAGAAUGGCAAAGAGAUGUAAACAAUUCUAUUAUGUAGUUUUUUAUUGAAUUAUGUAAAAAUCAUAAAGCAGGUACUGUAUAUUAGUUGAUCAUUGCUUUAAUUGCAAGAACCAUUUUGUAGCUGUCAGAAGAAAGCUGUAUAUAAAGGUGGAAUUGAAGCCAUCUUUCUACUUAGCAGGUUUUAACUGCAGACUCAACUUACUUAAAGGGUAAUGUAAUAUUCAAAUAUAACUUAUGUACUGUGGGUGGGUAUUGAAUUAGUAUUGACUGAACUAAACUUAGUGGUAUUAUGGAAUAUGAGUUAUACAAUAACCUAUAAUCUUGCCAUUCAGUGGUUCCUAUUCAGGUUUUUUACACUGUAAUUGAAUUAGAGCUUGAGUAUUUAUAAGGUUCUUUGGGAUGUUUAUUUUCAAAACUUUUCCAAGUAAUAUUUGUUAUUUAAUGCAUUGUAUUGAAAGAUAAACUGUAAGCAUUGGGCUAAAGCCUUUUAAAAUUGAGUGGAUAAAAACAUCCAAUAUUCUUUGAUGUAAAAAUUAAUUCCUGGUUUCCUAUCUAAUUGAAAAUUGUGUAUGGCAUCAUCUUUCAUUCCUUUUAUAAGAAGCUGCUUCUCAGUUUUUAACCUUUUUAGAUUGGUGCCCUACUAGAAUGAUACAGUAGGCUUGAUAUAAUUGACAGUGUUCAUCAGGUCAAUAAAUUAUAGAACCCUUCUAAACCUCAAACUGAGGUAAGAAUAGCCAGCAUUUUAAUUAUAGACAGUGUGAUCUCCACAUUUAAAAAAAUCUUUAGAUUCAUUUCCCCAGUUUUGUGCAUUGUUGAGAUUCUUCGGGGAAAUGAACUGACUGUGACUUUUAGGGAAGAUGUAGUUUUGUUAAAAUAUUGUACCUCUGCUAAUUUUUGCAUUUACUAUGUUUUAGUGUAUUUAUAAAUGGUGAACUCAAGUUUUCUGAAAUUAAACAUCUUAUUUGCAA